AUGCUGCCCCCCCCCCCUCUUUUCUCCUUCCAGGACCCGGUUCUGUUCACCGACACUGUGAGGAAGAACCUGGAUCCGUUCAGCCAGCACUCCGAUGAAGCUCUGUGGCAGGCCCUCCAGGAGGUCCAGCUAAAGGCCGCGGUGGAGGAGCUGCCCCAGAAGCUGGAGACGGUUCUGGCCGAGUCCGGCUCCAACUUCAGCGUGGGUCAGAGGCAGCUGGUGUGUCUGGCCCGGGCCGUCCUGAGGAAGAACCGUAUCCUCAUCAUCGACGAGGCCACGGCCAACGUGGACCCGAGGUUUGACCAUUCACAACCAGAUGCAGUUCAUCGCGUCGCCACUAGAGGGCUCACUCACAGAAUUACCUUCAGUUUGAUAGAGAUUUGGUUUUUCUAAAGAAUCAGUUUUUUA